CUGAUUAUACAAACGCCGACACAGAGCUUUGAAAUAACAGGACCAAUCAGCAAGACGAUGGCUGUACAUUCUUCAUGUGACCCGACCAUAGUUUGACAUCUUCUGGCCACACACCACCCUGCCUACAAAGUCAUCGGAUCUUCAUUGCCGACGCCCUGGUGCUUAUGAAGCGAGAGAAAAGGUUUACCUUCAUUCCAGAAAACUCAUCUUGCUGCUGGAGGCUCCUUUUCUAUGGACCACCAACCGGUCUCAGAUGACGCUGAUGCACCGCACUGCCAGUCGAGUGGGGUCCCUGGAUGCUGCGCGCUCCCCGCGGCCCCCCGGUGGACUCAGCGGAUUACAAACUCCGGUUAAGUGGCGCACCGCCCCCCUCCUUCUCCCAUUUUCCAUCCAGAGUGAACUCAGGGAAAGGAGCGCGCCCUGGCCGCGCUUGCCCGCUGGGAAUUUGAAUGCGGUUCUAAUUCUUGGUUGUCAGCGGCAUCCAUCCUCAGCUCUGCAGUGUUGUGGGUGACUGAAAUCCUGAUAGACAAAAGCGUGUGAGAGGAGGAGGGAAAUGGGUCCGGAGACGGCGAGGUAGGUGCCCCUGAUUGUCACAUCAGCAGCGUGGAAGUUCUUCGGCUUGCUCCGAUCUUCUCUUCAAGUCUCAGUGGGCGCGUGAUUGCGCAUUCAUGAUGAGUAAUAUCUACGAGUCUGCAGAGGCCACGUUGGGCUUCAUCAGCUCUCCGUGCCUAACCAAAGUGGAGCUGCGAGUGGCCUGUCGGGGAAUCUCAGACCGAGACGCCCUCUCCAAACCCGACCCUUGCGUGGUUCUGAAGAUGCAGUCCCAUGGCCAGUGGUUUGAGGUGGACCGAACGGAGGUGAUCCGCAGUAGUAGCAGCCCAGUCUUCUCCAAGAUCUUUCUGGUGGAUUACUACUUUGAGGAGGUCCAAAGGCUGCGUUUUGAACUUCACGACAUCAGCUCGGGCAACAACGGCCUCCGCGAUGCUGACUUUCUCGGGGCCAUGGAGUGCACCUUGGGACAGAUCAUCUCACAAAGGAAGCUCACCAAAUCACUCCUCAAACAAGGAAACACUGCUGGAAAAUCUUCCAUCAUGGUGACGGCGGAGGAGCUGUCCGGUAACGACGACUACGUGGAACUCUCCUUCAGUGCUCGUAAACUCGACGACAAGGACUUCUUCAGCAAGUCAGAUCCGUUCCUGGAGAUUUUUAGGAUAAAUGAUGACGGGAGUGAGUCUCUUGUACACCGGACAGAGACGGUCAUGAACAACUUGAGCCCUGUUUGGAAAUCCUUCAAAGUUUCCUUCAACACGCUCUGCAGCGGAGACCAGGAAAGAGAGCUAAAGUGCACCGUUUGGGACUGGGACUCUAAUGGAAAGCAUGAUUUUAUUGGGGAGUUCCAAACCACAUUUAAGGAGAUGAGGGCAGAGCAGGAGGGCAAGCAGUGGGAAUGCAUCAAUCCUAAAUAUCAGAUGAAAAAGAAGAACUACAGAAACUCCGGAGUCGUCUUUCUUAACCACUGUAAGAUCAUCAAAAUGUAUUCGUUCUUGGAUUAUAUCAUGGGAGGCUGUCAAAUCCAGUUCACCGUGGCAAUAGACUUCACAGCAUCCAAUGGGGAUCCACGAAACAGCUGCUCCCUCCAUUACAUCCACCCCUACCAACCCAAUGAGUAUCUCAAAGCUUUAGUAGCCGUGGGGGAGAUCUGCCAAGACUAUGACAGCGAUAAAAUGUUCCCAGCUUUUGGUUUUGGAGCUUUAAUACCGCCUGACUUUAAGGUGUCACACGAUUUCGCCGUGAACUUCGAUGAAGACAAUCCCGAAUGUGCCGGGAUCCAAGGUGUGGUUGAGGCCUACCAGAAUUGUCUUCCCAAGAUUCAGCUAUACGGGCCCACCAAUAUCGCCCCGAUCAUCCAGAAAGUAGCCUCGUCCGCCUCGGAGGAGAUGCACACCAAAGAGGCCAUGGAAUAUUUCAUCCUCCUCAUUCUGACAGAUGGCGUCAUCACCGACAUGGCCGACACGCGUGAGGCCAUCGUGCACGCCUCCCACCUCCCCAUGUCCGUCAUCAUCGUGGGCGUGGGCAACGCCGACUUCACCGACAUGCAGAUUUUGGACGGCGACGACGGCAUCCUGCGUUCUCCCAAGGGCGAGCCCGUCCUCCGAGACAUCGUCCAGUUUGUCCCCUUCAAGGAUUUCAAGCAUGCGUCCCCAGCUGCCCUGGCGAAAAGUGUUCUGGCAGAAGUCCCGAACCAGGUGGUGGAUUACUAUAACGCUAAAGGCAUCAAACCCAAGUGUAUGUCGGACUAUGAGUCAACAAGGACCUUCAGUCCCUGACAAUGGACUUGCUACAUAAUAUGUUUACACUAAAAUGCAAAUGUGCAUUCAUGUAAAUACAGAGACAUUUGUCUAGCUCAGAGAAAUAGCUUGUUCUGGUAAACUAAUUUGAACUCCAUCAAUGACUAUUGCAUGUUUGGCCAUGAUGGCAUUAACUUGGGAAUUAAUACUAGCUUACAGUUCUUUAUAGGAAACGAGUUUACUGAACCAGCAUGCAGACCUCAGCCAACUUAAAGAAAUGACACGAUACCUUAUUUGGAUAACUAGCAAGUGUGAUGAAUGUAUUCUGAAAAUUAGCAUUGCACUUUGUAUUUACUAUUUACAUACAUAUUAGUUUCCCUGUUUGUGUUUUGCAUUCAUGCAUGAUUAAUUCUGCUCGCAAAUCCCUCAUAGAGGCUUGCUGGUUAUGAAAUAAAGUAUUUCUGUCAUUUCAUGGGCUGUUUUUUUCUACAUGUUUCUUUUUGAGGCAUAAAUACGGACUAAUUGUAAAAAUUUCUUAAUAACCUUCCUAAAUUGUAAAGAGUUUUGCAGGGAUAGCUAGAUGUGUGUUGUAGACACUAAUCUGUGAACUGUUUUCCCUGUAAACUGCAUGUUGAUUAUAAUAAAGGCACUUUGGUUUUCUCA